AUGAAUAUUAAUGCCAGAUAUCCUGGAAGUACUCACGAUUCGUAUAUCUGGAAUAAUAGUGAUUCUGGUUGUGCGCUUAGACCUUGGAUGAUGACUCCAAUAAUGGACAAUAAUCCUAAUAUUGGAACAAGAAGAUACAAUGAUUGGCAAAAGAGCACUAGAUCACUUAUUGAACGUUGCAAUGGUGUCUUGAAGAUGAGAUUUCGUUGCUUGUUGGAACAUAGAAUUUUACAUUAUCGACCAGAUGUAUGCUCGAAAAUUAUCAAUGCUUGUACCGUGUUACAUAAUAUGUGCAUUCACGACAACGUGCCUUUACCUGAAGCAGAUCAUGAAGUAUUGGAUUUUGGUAUGAAUGUUAUAGAUGGUGUAAACGAACCCGGGAUAGAUAUGUUAAAUAUGUUAAAUAGAAAUAACGAACUGAUAGCUGGACGAAGAAUUCGCAAUAAUCUAAUAAGACAGUAUUUCUCCUGA